UUUGUUAACUAUUCCAUUUUAAUCGAUUGGGAAUUAUUAUAGCGAUUCAUACUAAUCGAUUAGUCAACAUUGGUUGGCGUACAACACUACGCUACACUAUACCAACUGUCAUUCAAGCGUAACUGUCAGAGUCACUGUCAGUUACGUCAAUUUCAAUUUCAAAAUUCUGUUGCAAACGGCACUGAGCGCGGUGUUUUAUGUUUGUGGAAUUGUUUUCAUCGAGACUUUCUCUAUUGUGAGUGAAAAACAAUCAAAAAGUGAUAAAGUUAAAGCCUGAUAAUCAUUACUACUUGUUCAAAGAUGGCUUCCGAUCGGAAUAAAGAAACAAAAGACGACGUUAGACGCGAAAUAAAAGAAUUACAAGCGCGAUGCCUGCACCAGUGGAAAGUUAUCGACAAUUCGCCUUUGGAAGCGCCGUGUGAAAGUUUAGACGAAAUAAACGAGAAAAAGCUUUGUUACCUGGAAGGACUGGGCAUGGAAAUUCAAAAUUCGAAUACCCCGAUAACACUUGAUGAAAACCUCCUUACCAGCCAGUUUCUUAAAGAAAUUACCGACAAAACUGCACAAGUAGAAGAGUAUACCGCAUUUAUAAAAGGUAGCAUACAUGAUACUGAUGCGGAGAUAAAUAGAUUAAAAACUGUGAUCACAAUAACACAAGAAGCAAAGUCUCGACCAAAGACAAACAAGCUAGAAGUUAAGCCAGAACACCUUUUUAGAGCAAAGGAAAAGUUUAAGAGCAUGAAGGCUGAACUACAUGGAUUGAUACAGUCAUUAUUUCCUAACUGUGAUCAUUUGGUCUUUGAGAUUAUGGGGCAACUUAUGGCAGAAAAUCUAAAUGAAACUUCAAACGGAUACAUACCUAUCACAUCAGAGACAUUCCAAAUAAUAGAACUACUGAAAGACAUGAAUCUUGUAGCCGUAAACCCUUAUAACCAUAUGGAAGUCAAAUUAGCUUGAUGAUAAUUAUCAUUAGCUUAGCAUAGACAUAUGGAAUCCACCAAUUUAUCAUGCCAUCUGAAAAAACGGAAGAACUCAUCAUGACAAAUGGUCACCCAUGCAAGGGCCAACCACGCCUCAACCUUAUGAUAGAUAGAUCCCUGCUUUAACUCUCUUUUACUAAAGUAUAUUUUUUAAUUGAAUUUUGUUUGACCAACAUAGCUUAUCUGACUAUCAACAUAGCUACACACAAAUAAUGAAAAUGAUUGUAAUUCAUUGUAUAUUUUUGUUAUAAUAUUAGCAUUAGGAAUAAAAGCAUGUUAUCUACCAUUUAUGUAUAAGUUUGGACAAAAUUAUGUGAAUUCAGAACCAAUGAAAUAGCAAGGGACCAAUUUAUGACUGCCCAAUAUCAAUGCAAAACUAUUUGAGUACUAAGUUUAAGUAAAUAAACAUUGUUUUUUUUUUA